UUGGACGUGUUUGUGAGUGUUCUGAUGAGUCACAUGCUGGGUGUGUUGUCAUGCUUUAAUUUUGGCAGGCGGACCGGAAGUGGUGGUGCCUCGACCGGGAAGUCUACCAAACUUCAGAAACUCUUGUCAGCAACUUUUUUACUUCCUCCUUCUCACUCUCAGUCCGUUAGUUUGCAGGGAUAGCUUGGUGUUGUUCCUGUGUGUGUUCGUCUCUAUCUUAGACCGUCCCAAUCACAACUGUGCACUCAGGAUGGCACCCCCGGGUUUUAUGUGUUUUCUGAACUUUAGUGUGACCCUGUGUCUGCUAUUCGCUGCAGGGAACAGCCAGAAUUCCAAGGAAUUCCCAAACUUCCAAUCCGGGGAGUUAGGACACAGACUUCAACACUUAACCGUGGACAACAACUCUGGAAGGGUCUACCUGGGAGCAACUAACGUCUUAUACCAGCUGUCAGCUGACCUGGAGCUGCAGAAAAGCUACAAGACAGGGCCGGUUUGGGACAGUUCAAAGUGUCAACCAUUUGCUCAACAUUGCAGGGAGGGGAAGGUACUUUCUGACAAUGAGAACAAGAUCCUACUUGUUGACCAGUCACUCGGUGUUCUCCUAGCAUGUGGGUCGGUACUGCAGGGCACCUGUUCUGUUCACCCUCUAGGAGACAUUGCGACAGGACAGUAUGUUCUCAACGAUGAUGAUGAUGGCAAAGCCAAGUAUGUAGCCUCGGGGGAAUCAGCUGUCGCCUUCUUUGCACCUGGGCACGAUGGUACCCACGGUUUGUACGUCGCAGCAGAAUAUGAUCCCACCAAACCACCUGAGUUCUCCAUCCCAGCAGUUUCAACAAGAACGCUCAGCCACACCUCAGAAUACAAAAUCGACUUCGGUCUAAGUACUCAGCAUCAACGUUCGUAUGUCUCGGUGAAUGGCGACUAUGCAUCGGAUUACAGGAUCAAAUACGUGGACGGUUUCAGCCACGGUGGAUUCAGCUACUUCCUCACGGUUCAGAAGACGUCCGUCGACUCGCAGUCCUAUCACUCCAGACUUGUUCGCGUUUGCCAGAACGACAGAGCGUAUUUCUCUUACACCGAACUCCCCAUCACUUGUUACGGACAUGAUGAAAAGAACUACGGGAUCAUACAGGCUGCAACACUGCACAAGCCUGGACUGAACCUGACCCACGCACACCCUCAUAUGACAACUACAGAUGAGGUUUUGUUUGCUGUCUUCGCAGAGAGUGAAUCUGAGGACAGCGCUGUCCCCAAGAACAGCUCGGUGCUGUGCACCUUCCCUAUGUCGGAUGUCCGUGCACAUUUUCAGGAUGGAAUUCAGGAAUGUUACGGAGGUCAGGGACAGCCUGGGCUGGAAUUCCUGUACCAGCCAGGGCACAGCAGGGUCUGUCAGCAGACAACUACAGAAAUAGAUGAAGAUUUCUGUGGGUCUGGUGUGAUUGGUCCAAUUGAAAUUUCGGAUGAAGGAGAACUGUAUGACUACAGUGUCCUGGAUGAACACAGCUUCUCUGACAAGCUGGUCACCAGUCUGGCUGUCACAGUGCAGCAGGGACACACGGUGGCCAUGCUUGGUACUGCAGAUGGAUUCAUUCAUAAGAUGAUGCUGGAUAUAGAAACUGACAACUCCCCUCUCAUCAGCCUGGAUAUAGGACAUGGACGUCCCAUCAACAGGGACAUGGAGAUGGACCCCUCCGAGGAGCACCUGUAUGUCAUGGCAGGGCAACAGGUGACCAAGUUACCCCUGAAGAGCUGUAGCUUGUACCAGGACUGUGGGACCUGUAUCACUGUGGAGGACCCUGGUCUGGAGUGUGGCUGGUGCAAAGGACAAGGGGCCUGCAGUACCAGGCAGGACUGCAUGAGGGACAUCCAGUGGUCCAGAGAUACCUGUCCUCCAGUUAUCUACGAAUUUAGUCCUACAUCAGGGCCAGUAGAUGGAGGUACAAACAUCACAAUCCUGGGAGACAACCUGGGUGACAUGGCCAUGGCUGACACACACAUUGUGAGGAUCUGGGGACAGGAGUGCAUGCUACUGGAACAUGCAAGUGACUUCAACAAGAUUGUUUGCACCACAGCCCCCAGUGAGGAGGCCCAGGGUUUUGUGACAGUGGAGGUCCAUGAGGAGUCUGCAGUUCUAGGCUACACCAUCAGUGGCACAGGCUACUCCAGGCUCCCCUACAGCUAUGUGGAUCCUGUGGUGACAAGUAUCAGUCCAACACUAGGUCCCAAGGCAGGUGGGACUGUUCUAACCAUCAAAGGACAACACCUGGAUACCAGCAGUGGCCCUCAGGUGUCUGUAGCAGGACAGGUGUGCAACAUCCAGAGUAUUUCAGGUGAUACUUUGGUGUGCGUGACUGCCUCAACUUCUGAACUGACGUCUGGACCUGUCAUGCUGACUUGGGACAGAGCCACACGAUACGCCGCUGACUUGUACACAUAUACAGAGAACCCUACAGUCACUGACAUCAACCCAAAGAGAAGCUCCUACAGUGGAGGUACUGAACUCAAUGUAACAGGUGUGAACCUACAUAGUGUGGCUCAGCCUAUGAUGAACAUCAGUUUUCUACAGGGGAAUGAAGUGGUCUCAUUCAGCAAGGCUUGCAUCCAUUCCGAGUCAUCCAGGUCCACUCAGAUGAUCUGUCAAUCACCCAACAUCACUGGCAGGCUCCUCCCACUUUCAGCUCCACAGCCAAUCACAGUGCAGCUCUCUCUGGUGUUAGAUGGAGUGGUUGAUGAGCCGUCCCCAGACCUGAGACAUUUUACCUACUACCCAGACCCUGAGUUCUUCAGUUUUGACCUCAGUAAGAGGUAUCCAAAAUCUGGAAGAACAUUGAUGCUCAAGGGUGACCACCUUGACAGUGUACAUGGUAUCAAAGACUUCACAGUGCUUGUGGGACAACACAACUGCAGAAUAACAUUGCUGAACUCACAGGUAGACUGAUAUGUCUUUGUC